UGCCUCUAUAUUCGAAAAUUUUUCGCUUACGUAAGACAUUCCUGUUUUUUGCGUGUGUUAAGAGUGACGCAAUACAUACAUUGCCUUGUACGCAUUAUGUUCGUGACACUGAUUUGUACAGUGUCAGAAAAGUGCGCGUACAGAGAAGUGCCGUCGCGUCCGUGCGUAUUUAAAAGUUCGUCACGUCGCUCGUACAACUAAGAGAACACUUAAAGAAAAUGGAACGACAACGACUCGAAAAUCUUUCUCUGGAAGAGCUGCAGAGUGAAGCUCGUCGUUUGGGUUUGAAACCGCCUGAUACUCAACCGUGGUGUAUUGAUGCACUGAUGUCUUUCUACGAGAGAAAUUCCCUUCCCCGUGAAAAAUCAGCAUCUGUUUUACCGCCGGGUUCGUCCUCGGAUACGUCUUCAUUGGCUGCCAUGAAUCCAGGAACAAACACUGCGUCAAGUGAGGCGGUGCCCCCAUUGUUUUGCUCAUUACUGCUGGACCAGAUGAGACAGCAGCAGGAAGUAAUGAAGAAGGUGUUGGACGCGCUGACACUCUCUCAAAGCAACCAGGAUGCUCAUUCGUCAGCGGGCAUGGCGAAUUCGCCAGGGAACCGAAGUGACGUGUCCCAUGAGUCUAAAGUGCAGCGUAAUCCAGCCUUGGCCUCAGUAUCCCCGGCGCAAGCAGUUAAGUUGUUACAGUCUCAAAUCUCCGAAUUCGAUGGAUCGGAAGACGGAAAUGUGGAUCUGUGGUUACAAAAGGUAGAGCAAGUCUCACAGAUACACGGUGUAUCUCAAAAAAUUACAUUUUUGGCGGCUACUGCCAAACUGACUAAGUCUGCACGCCGUUGGUAUGAGCUCUGCAAUGGAUCCGCCAUUGAAUCUUGGACUGGAUUCAAGGAGGCCGUCAGUAAACGUUUCAAAAGAAGAAUUUUAUUUGACGUAGCUACGCAGAAAGUAGAGGCACGCACGUGGAUGUAUUCAAAGGAAUCUUUUCAGGAGUACGCCUUGGAUAAAUUGGCUCUUAUGAAAAAUGUGUGUCUACCCGAACAGGAGUCAAUUCAUCUCUUGAUCAAUGGAAUCGGCAGCAACGCGCUUAGAAGCAUAGCGACAUCUCUGCGGGUGGAUACGGUAGAUGAGUUCUUGGAGGCAAUGCAUCCGAUCACCAUCUUUUUUGGAGAGAAGUGCAAAAAGGGAUUUACGGGUUCCCCUAAGUUUGAUAGGAAAAAGGCAUCAGGGAGUUUCUCCAACAAAAUGGAACAGCAGCAAUCAAAGAGCCGAGGCAAAGGACAUGUUCGUGCCGACUGUGCGAAGCUCAAGAAGAAGGAGCAGCAGCCCCACCAAGUCAAGGAUUCGUCGUUCCAGGCGUCAGUCUCAGCUGUAGUCGAGACUGAAUCAGGCGACGAGACAGUUGCAGUAAUCAACCAAGAUGACGAAAGAACCAAAUCAAAGUUCCAUUUGUCGAGGGCAAUAACGGAUCUACUUGUUAAAGAGAAUGAGGGAAAACAUAUAUCUGAUAAAAGUCUGUUUGCCGCGAGGACGUAAAAGAGAUGAGAUUAGAAAAGGAUAAG